AUGGACUUGGAACCUGGCAGCAGAAACAGUAAGCAUUCAGAAAUAGUUGUUGAUGGAAGUGGAGGCAGUAAGCACUCAGAAACAUCAAAGGCUCCUGAUGCGAGUGAUAGAAAUAGCCCUUCAACAAUACAUCCAGAGGCUGAUGCUAAUGAAGGUGAUCUGCGUGUCCCGUCCAGAAAGCUAAUCUCUUUGUCCUCUUUGUCUUCAGUGGCAUCAGACUCGUCAUUGGAAGAUCUCUUCCAAGUGGACACAAAUAGAAUUUCCACUUCACCACAUAUUGCUUCCCUCCCUAAACAUCAUGACCACAGCUCUCUGGGUCCUGCAUCAACAUCCCGAGUUUCGGAUGUUGGGCAUGGUAUGUCACCGACAGAAUCCCCCACAGUCCAAAUGAUGGAACGGAGUGGAGGAUAUGAUCCUUGCAGGAUCCCGUCUUCUGUGUUUGCAAGAAGUAAAUCCAACAAAGAAAUGGAAUGGAGUGUUGCUUCCAAUGAGUCAUUGUUUAGCAUUCAUUUAGGCAACAAUAGCUUUUCCAGAGACCAUAUAUUUUUGCUGGGUGAUUUGACUAAGUCUGGGGAACUAUAUAAAUCAGGCGAGUUGUUUGGGCUUAGUCCACACCCUCCUCCAAUUCCUGAGCUAGAAAUUGAAAGCAAUGGGAUUGAAGAGGUGAGGGAAUCUGGAGCUGAAGGAAUGGCAGAUGAGACCUUCAAGGACACUGCAAGAACAAAUGCCGAAGAUCAUAGUGAGGGAAGAGUACCACCUCCAACUGUAUCCUUCACAUCCCAUAGCCUCUCCCGCCGUUCCGAUGGGAGUGGAGCUAGCACUCGCUCUUUUGCCUUCCCAAUAUUGACAGAUGGGAUGAAAAAUUCUAUGAAGGUUACACAGUAUACCGAAGAGAAGUGUCUGGAGCCACCAGCAGCGGCCAAAGUAUCGACUAAAAAAGAAGAAUGUGCUACCAAUUUGACAAGAGCAAUCUGCCAAGCCAAUCAUGGCGAGAAUGGAGCCCAGAGGGGCAUAUCUAGCAACUUUCUUUGCAACGGAAGCUGA